GGGAGCGGCAAGCAGGUUGAAGCCUGUGGUCUAGAUCCAACUGAGAGUCUCCAGGCGCUCCUUCGGGUUGCUGCUCCUGCGGACUGCUCGCAGGUGCAGCCCCGUGGUCUGAGCGCAGCGUUCAGAAAAUAGUUCGCUGGGGAAGCUGUUGCACCGCACGUCAUACCAUCAACCACGAAAGCUCUGCAUAUAUACAAGUGGCAUCUCACCUACCAAAGUCACAUACACCUACCCUCAAGAUGGAUCAACUCACACAGAACGAGCAGCGCGAGCUCCAGAACCGCAUGGAGAAGAAGCAGAUGAAGGAGUUCAUGAACAUGUACUCCAACCUCGUCCAGCAAUGCUUCGACUCCUGCGUCAACGGCUUCGAGAGCAAGUCCCUGACCUCGCGCGAAGAAGGCUGCGUUAUGCGAUGCGUCGAUAAGCACAUGAAGGGCUCGCAGCGCCUCGGCGACAGGUUCCAGGAGCAGAACGCCGCUAUGGCACAAGGCGGUUUGCCCGGCCGGUAAACGCUGUGAGCAACGGCAGCAAUGUACAUUAGGUGGAACGGGAUCGAGAGAAGCUUGGGAACGCCUCUGAAUGUAGCGAGGCCUCGGGUUUCGUAGCGCUGAGCCGCUUUGCUGCACGACAUCUGUACAAUACAGGGCAGGAUCUGGGUUGAUCUGGGCGCACACAAUUCCUCUUACCAACGAGCAUGUUUUGUAUAACGAAUCUGAAAGCCUUUUACAAUCAUCGCAAUUGUGAACUUCGAC